AUGCAUCUUGUGGAGCUUUCGAAGAGGCUCCCAACAAAGGUUACUAAGACUGGGUAUUGGAUUGAGAUUGCUAAUGGAUCUUACACAGGAGGAACUGCAAAUGAAAGGAAAAUCAGAAAGGUCGUAGACUGCUUCAUUCAUCAGUUGAUCAAGUUUUCCAUAAACGAAAAGAAGGAAAGGGACAGGAUUCCUUUAGUAGAUGUGUUUUUUCUAUGUAUUAUUACACCGAUUGUAUUUUGUCACCUCCCCUACUGUGUAGCAGACUUCUUGGUAGAGCGACUAGGAAAGAGCCGGGAUGGGGCUCCCAUUUAUGGUGGUAUGUUAGUUACCAAACUAGCUAGAUCUUUUGGAGUUUUUGAUGAGCCUAAGGCUGGGUUUCUGACGAGGAAGGAGGGCCGCCCUUUUCAACCAAGAUUAUUUAAAAUCACCCAGAUAGUAAAGGAUAUGGGAAACGACACUUAUUCAGUAUCGGUAGAUGAUACAGUAGAGAUUCCAAAAGGUCGGAGGAACAUGAAGGUGAGAGUAAAGGAGAUGAAUCCUAGGGAUGGACAUGUGGACGACAAGCUACCAAUGUACCCAUAUCAUAUUAUGGCUAGACAGUAUAACAAUGACCUUAGCCGGGUCAUGAACUACUUAGGGUUCUCCAUAGAGGCGAUGAUGCACCACCUUUCGAUUACACCUCUAGAUGGAGCACCUCCCCACUACACAUACACCAUCUUAGGAGGAGCGUUUGGUCGCAAAGAGGAGGUGCAAGUACCAAUGGAGCUGGAGAUGGAGAUGAUGAGGAAGAAAAGUGAUUAUCCUUGA